UUGGUGUUUAUUCUGUCUGUUUCCGGGCUCAUAUGUGAAAAUGAAGCCCUUUGGUCUUAUUGUGCCAUAUGUGUUAUUCAUUUUUUCAAUUCCGUCCUCUGUUGAUGCCAUUAGGGGUCUAAGAUCGAUUAAGGCACACAAUGGUAUGAAUGGUGAUCAUGAUGCAGACACAACAGCAACCAUUGUAAACAAAAACGAGGAUGUAAAAUCGGAAACUACCACUGAAGAAAAUAAGUCGGAGAAUAAAACGGAAGAAUCUCAAAAUGAGGUUAAGCACAACCAGCCUGAGCCAUUGAACCUAAUUUUUAAUCCAACUGUACAGCAGGUGUCCGACGAAAGCAAAAGGCUUUUGGAAUCAUUGGAAACCGGUUUGCGAAAUAUUAGGUCUACCUUUCACUCGCUGACUCAUAUGAUUCGGUUGCUGUCUGAGCCUGAUAAGCAGAAGACUAUUACUAUAGACAAGAAGGAAUACAAUUUUACCGAAUUGUUGGAUGCCUUUAGCAAUUAUAUUGCCGAUGGUGAACGUUAUCAAAGGGGUUUAAUAGAAGCAACAGCUGAAAUAUUGCAUAUUUUGGCGACUCCACAUAAUGCAUCGCAAACCUCCUAAUUAUGGCUAUAAAUAAUUA